CACGCUCAUGACCCCCUCUGCGCGCUCCAUCAACACGCAGGCCGAAGCCGACCAGGUCUCGCUGUUGGCGCCCUCGCGGAGCAGAGAUGGGCGUUCGCUGCCCACGCAGCCAUCUAGCAUCAUGGCCAGCUCGCGCACCCAGGCUUCGUAUGCGACAGCCAGAGAGGCUCCUGGCAGUUUCAAUUCUCAAUUAAGACCCGCAACGUCUCACGAUCAGCGAGCCCGCCCGGACUUUGAUACCCACACCAUCGUCAUUGGAGACGAUACCACCACCACCACCGAGCAACGCCAGGCUGAAUUGCAGGAUCGCAUCGAGAAAGAGACCAAGAUUAAGGUCGGAUCGGAGAAUCUACUUGAAGCAUUGAAUGCAAAGAAUGCAAAAAACACGAGGGAUCAGAGGCUACAGGUGGAAGAACAGCUGAACAUUUCUAACAGAAAGCUCGCCGCUCUGAAAACCGGCUUGGCAGCGGAAAUCCAGCGAGCAAAGGACGUCAAAUCCCCAUCAGAGGACCCGCAAAGUCGACUCUCUUAUCUUUUCCAGAGGAAUCUGUCCCGAUCACCGUCGCGUCAUGUCGCACAGCACGCGGAAGAGGAAGAGGCCGAGUCGCCUACAUUCGUUCUCGCAGAAAUCCUUCAAGCUCUGGAGGCGGAUGGUAUGCCUUCCGAGUAUUACGUCGAAAGAGCCAACUCUUUAGUCAGUCUCUUCAGACGGCAUCCUACGCUCAAGUACGAUCUUGCCUGGUCAAUCUUUGGUCUCCGAAUGCAAACCAUGCUACUGAGUGAUAGCCGAGAAGUUGUCGCUGCUGCAUACCGUGUGAUGCGUUAUGCCAUUGUAGACCGUAGAUCUUUACAAAUCAUUCGCGGGCUGAACACCGACUACCUUGUCAUGCUUUCUCUGGUCAAAGAGAGCAAAGCUAGCGUUGAGCGAGAGCAGGCGCUCAAAUUCGUUCGAGCCUUUGUCGACGCCAAAGGUGGAGGUGUGGAGGAGAUACCUCGCUCAAUAAUCCGCAUGAUUGUCGCUAUAGCGGAAAACACUGAUGAUCGUCUGCGGAAUAUAGCUGUUCUGACUUUGACAGAAAUACUUGUGAAAAAACCAGGCCUGGUCGUAUCGUCCGGCGGUAUGGGUACAUUGGCCGACGCCCUAGGAGAAGGAAAUUAUGCUGCUGCAGAAAGCGUAGGCAGCGCGUUCAUCUAUCUCCUGGAUACCCCACAACGUCGGAUGUUCCUGAGGUCCGGCCAUGAACUGGAGGCUCCAUUUGCCAUGUUUACGGAUGCGGGGACUUCGCACAGCCAUCUUCACGAAGACAAGUUGAAAUCCAACGCCAAAGUCAUUGCUUCAUUAUUUAGAAGUUGGUCUGGGCUGAUCACUCUGUGCAUGGACGACUUUUUGCCAAUCAGGUCCCUCCUCCUUUCAUUACAGAUCCCCACCCCCCACGUACGCAAUAUUCUCCUCGAGCUGCUAUCCGAUAUUCUCAGAAUCAAACCGCCCUCAUGGUCUUCUUCUUUCCUUGCCGGUCGACGGUUAACUACAUAUGGCCGAGUAACCAAUUUGAAGAAUCAGAUCCCAGAAGACAGUUCUACUUCCCAAAAGGACUCUACCAAUAAAUGGAACUUACUGGAGCAUUACGUCGCAUUGGUUCUGGCUGCAUUCCUACAUGCAGGGCUUGUUCCUGCGCUUUUACAAGCUGAAGAAGAACCUCUUACACUUCCCUUGAAACGCAAAACGACACUCCUGCUAGGGGAGGUUUUGAAAAUGGCUAAUGAGCUGUUGCCUUCUUCGUGGAGCUCGCAGCUUCAAGUACUGCCGCAACUGUUGAACUCAGCUGCCAAAUUUACUACGGAGCAUCGAUUCGUAGCCAUUGGAACUAUCUAUCAAGUAGAUAGUGUCAACAGGACACUCUACCGUUCUGGACCGACAUCAAUAUCCACGAACCCCACUGUCAAUCCCAAAACGGGAACAAGUACGGAUCAACAGUCUGAUCAAACCAAGACGCAAGCAGCUAUGCAAAUGGACGAGCCAACAUUCCGUAAUCUGAUGGUCGAUACUCAGGUUUUAAACACUGUCAGUUUCCAGAAAUGGAGAUGGGAUCUCAUCUUGAACGUCAUCAAUGGCCCUUUGCUCAAUCCGAAACGGCUUGAUGAGGCUAUGAAAGCGACCAAGUUCAUACAUAGGCUUCUAGGAUUUUAUCGACCAUUCAAAUACAGAUUCUCGGAUGUCAAGAAUACGAAACCGAACCAGCGAUAUGUUCGCGCUGGCUGUGCUUUGAUCCAUACAUUGCUCCAGAACCCUGAAGGUGCCAGACAUCUCGGAGAGAGUAAAUUCAUUCGUCAACUUGCGGAAUGUUUAUCCCAUUUCGAUAGGAUGAGCGGCUUGACAUCGGAAUCACCUAUGUUUCAUGUCGAUCGUAUGAACGACACUCUAACUGGCAGCUACUUUGCACUCUUGGGUGCGUUGACCAAAGAUCCAAAGGGGAUUCAAAUCUUGGAGAGGUGGAGAGUUCUGAAUAUGUUUUAUCACAUCAUCGAACUCAACGACCGAGAUGACCUCAUUCGGACCUUACUCAGCAACAUGGAUUACACCCUAGACGGCCAUCUACGCAUCAUCGUCUCGAAAGCCAUGACAUCGUGCUCAAAAGAAGUUCGCAUUUUUGCGACUCGUAUUCUCCGGAGAUAUGCCACGAAACCGAUGCAACCCUCGGGCACGCUGGGUGUCGCGGAAUGGGCGAUACGACUGCUGGUCACACAGCUUUACGAUCCCGACGUGGAAGUUUGCGAAGUGGCCAUCAAGAUUUUGGAGGAAGCUUGCAACCAGACCGAAUCUCUCGAAUUCGUUGUGAAAUGCCGGCCUGUGCUUGACCAUCUGGGAGAAAUCGGUGCCCCUCUGCUGCUGCGCUUCCUGUCCACUUCGGUAGGCUACCACUAUUUGGACGGCCUCGAUUACAUCACCAAAGAAAUGGAUGACUGGUUUUUAGGCAGGAACGAUACCUACGUGGCCUUGAUUGAAGCGUCUAUGGCACGCGCGCUUGCGGACAUCCUGGAAAAACCCCAAGCUCAGACGUCUUAUGACGAAGUACCUGAAGUGCCUGAGUACGGUAUAGUGCCACCGCACUUUUACCGCGAACUUACACGAACCAAAGAAGGAUGCAAACUUCUCAAGCAGAAGGGACACUUUGAUGAGUUUGCGUCGACCAUUCGCGAGUUCGCCAAGGAGAGCGAAGACGCUGAACUGAUUCUCAAAGUCAAGGGUUGCCUAUGGGCUGUUGGCAACGUCGGUUCGAUGGAAUUGGGUGCACCGUUUCUCGAGAGUUCGGAUGUGGUGAAAUGGAUCGUUAAGAUCGCCGAAAGCAGCGAAGUCAUGUCACUCCGAGGCACGGCAUUUUACGUGUUGGGACUUAUAUCACGGAGUCUUCACGGGCAGGAAAUCCUACUUGAAUUCGGAUGGGACGGUGUCAUCAACGAGGCGGGCAUUGCUCUCGGGUUCUGCUUACCGCUGGACUUCAAAAAACUCUUCUCGAUGACUCCCUGGAAAGCUAAGCCUGUCGAUGUCUACCUGCGUGGUAAACCGGAGGUCAGGAUUGCAGUUACAGAUAGCGAUCCUGUGAAUGCGCGUAUACUUAAGCUUGUGACGGACUUGGGAAAUACGGUACUGGCCAAGAAAGCGGCGAAUGACCUGCAGAUGAUCAAAGCAAAGAAGGCGCCGGGUUUCUCGAAGCCAGCUCUAUUCCACAAGGUCAUGCAGGUGCUCGAAGCGCACCAUUUCCGGUUACCGGCGUGCCGAUUCGUGCUGGAUUUGUUCGACAAGUCGGUUCUACAGGCGAUUGUGCUAGAAGAAGAAAGUCAUGAAGAAGACAGCAGCGAGUCGGAAUCGGAUGAGGAACGAAGGAGCACGACGAACGGUGGUGAGGAGACGUGA